AUGUACUGGCCUAAUGGAGUGCCCCGGGUCUACGCGGUCAACGGCCCCAACAUCGCCCAUGUGUCGGAUGACGUGAAUCAUCAGGACAUCCGCAGUCCCGCAACAGAGACGCGGGACUCCACAAAAUCCAAAGCUGACGAUCGUGACGCAGAGAAUCCAGAAAUCCCAAACGAUGAGCCCAAACCUGAGCCGUCAGCUGAACCGGACAUCCCCAGAUGGGAGCAAGAAGCUAUCAAUGGCCUGUGUGUUUCUCGCGCAGGUCAUAUGUUUGCGACCAUAACUGAAUCGUCUAUUUGUCUAUGGCAGACCAGGCCCACGGCGGUCGUAGCGGCGAUAGCUCGGUCCUCAUACUCACUGCAGAUGUACGGCUCGAACGUGGCACUUCUCAUGCACCCGGAUUCAACAAUUCUCGUUGUCCAGACCCUCAAUGGAUACCUCCUUACGUAUUCGGUGGCAUCCGACCCGGCGACGCGAGUCUAUCAGCAACGCUUCGAUCACUCCACACAUCCGCGUCGGCAGCAACUGGCACGGUUCUCGGCUGUUGAAGAGGCAAAUGUGGUUGGGGAUAUAAGCCUCAGAUUCCGAAUGGCAAUCAAGAUCGAGUCGGGGAUUGUCAAGGCGCUGGCGCUGGAUCAGGAGCUUGUCGUUGCCACUGUAAAGCCCCCCGCCAUCCAGUGUAUUCGAUGGGUCCCGGAAACCAGUGGAACACAAACCACGUCUGAAUUGCUGAGCCGUAUACUUAACAUACCAAAAAAGGUGUCAAUAGUCGACAUGGUCUAUGACCGUGCCAUGAACCUCUUGAUCUGGCUCACCAGCAAUGGCCAAGCAUAUGCUGUGCAACGAGUACCUGGGGUGCAAGAAGACUCUGACACACCUAAAAAGCUGUUCCAUGGUCACUGCUUCCAUGACCCCAAAAAUGACAGCGAGAAAGCUCUCAAUGUAGCGGUCAAUGCCCGGUUCUCCUUACUCACCGUCGGUUGCGCGAAUGGUGAGGUCUUGGUCUACACUGCCAAAGAUUAUAUGGGAAACGUGCCCUUAUCCCAGAAGCUAGAGCUUCCGGCAUCUCCCGCGACUACUGGGGCGUUGACAUGCAUGAGCUACUCGCCUGAUGGAUAUUGCCUAUUCGCUGGCUAUGAGAAUGGUUGGACGACAUGGAGUGUGUUUGGGAAGCCCGGCGGCAACAGCUUCUCCGUCGACUCUGCCUUGGCAUCUACCAACGGAGAGAAUUGGCUUACAGGUAUCUCAGACGGCUGCUGGAUCGGCGGUGGAUCUGACAUUAUACUGUCGGGACAAAAUGAUCGGCGUCUUUGGAUCCUGGAGACAGCACGCAGCGCCUUGACAGGCUGCUUCUCCGCUGCAAACCUAGCUCGGGGAUUACUUCAGACAGGGACCGAGUUCAUUCUAUACCGUGGACAUGACUUGCCCGAUCUGAUGACCAUCUCCGGCAAGGACUCGCUAUGGCACCAUGCUCAGUAUCCCCCUGCAUACCUUCACUCACAAUGGCCUAUUCGGUCCUGCGUGGUGUCUCCGGAUGGACGGUAUGUUGCAAUCGCAGGUCGACGGGGACUGGCGCACUAUAGUGUAAAUAGCGGCAGGUGGAAAGUGUUUGGGGAUUCUAAAGUGGAGAACUCGUUCGCUGUUCGAGGAGGCAUGUGUUGGUACGGGCAUAUCUUAAUUGCUGCUGUUGAGAGCGACGGGUCAUACGAGCUGCGUCUCUACUCGCGGGAGGAUACGCUUAGCAACAACUCCAUCAUGCAUAUCGAAUACCUCCCGUCGCCCGUGGUGUUCAUUGGUCCGUCUGGGGAAGACUCUCUCUUGGUUUACACCUACGAUAACAUUCUGUACCAUUAUAUCAUCAACUCUAUGCAGCCCCAAAUAACUCUUGUUCCAGUCGGGCAGAUUGCAUUCAACGGAAUUGUCAGAGCGCCCACCCGGGUCCGGGCAAUCAGCUGGGUUUUGCCCGAGGACCAAAUGCCAUCGGUGCUCCUCCUAGUCGACGGCAACCUCGUCCUCCUACAACCGACAGUGACGGACGGCGGCGACCUCAAAUACGACAUGCGAGUCAUCUCCCAUGAUGUGGAGUAUUAUGUCUUGACGCGUGACCAGCUCUCUUUCAACUUCUCGUCUCAGGUCGAUGAGUCCUUACCGUCCAGCCCGUCUGCCGAGGUGGCACUUGGGCCAUCCUACAGUAGCCUGUCGCUUCGGGAUUCUUUGUGGAUGUUCCGAGGCAAAGAUCUUCUAGCAUGGAAUGAUGUUCAGGAUGUUCUGCAGCAGGAAACGGUGCCGGCACCGCUGAUUAUUCCUCUGGACUUCUAUCCUCUAUCUGUGAUAUUGAAUAAGGGCGUUGUGCUCGGAGUGGAGUCUGAAAUGACGCAACGGCGAGAUGUGACAUUCACCAGCCUAAAGUUCGCCAUUCGGACACACCUUUUCCUCCCAUAUUUCCUCCAAUACUGCUUGGUUAACCUCGGGACACCCGCUGCACUUUCUCUGUGCCGUCACUUCUCGCAUCUGUCUUAUUUCGCCCACGGUCUCGAAAUUCUACUCCAUCACGUUCUCGACGACGAAGUAGACAACGAAAGCCGUGCAACCAAGGCCGAAGGUGAAGGGCCCCUCCUCCCCACCGUCAUUUCUUUCCUCCAAGCAUCCCUUCCCACACGUGAAUACCUCGAUAUCGUGGUACAAUGUACACGCAAGACAGAGCUUCGAUCCUGGCGCACCCUCUUCACCUAUCUGCCUCCGCCGAAGGACUUAUUCGAGCAAGCCCUCAGAUUGGACUCGCUCAAGACAGCUGUUGGAUAUCUUCUGGUGCUCCAGGCAUUUGAAGACGAAGAGCAAGGCCAUGACGGGCGCAUUGAAGAAUACGUUGUCCGUCUAAUUGGCCUGGCGUCCCAAAAGGGAGACUGGGAGCUCUGUGCUGAGCUCGCUCGAUUCUUGAUUGCACUUGAUUCCUCGGGCGAAAUGCUGCAGCGCGCAAUUGGCCGCGUAGGCCUACGAUCUGGUUCUCGGCCAUCGGCGAAUGCUGGCAAUUCAGGCUUGGGUUCGAGAACCAAUUCUGCUGCAAGUGUGAAAGGCCUUGGGCUUACUCUUCCGGUUCGCACCCCAUCUUGGUCCUCCCUCUCCCCGACUUCGUCGCUAUCCCCACACCAGAGCGGGCGUGACGGCGAUGUGUCGGACGAGUACCCACAUUCUCUAGACAGCCGUGAUGGCUUAUGA